AUGGACCGUCAACUGUGUGAUUUAUGCAGAUGUGUGCUUGUUUCAUUAUAUAAGUUUGAUUUCAAGAAUGUUCCUUCAACCGUCCCGUUAAAUGGAAUUGUUAGUGUUACACAUCCAGACACAGCAGAGAGUGAAAAAAAACUGUACAAAAUAUCAACUGAAGAGGUAGAUCAUGAGGUCACUAACUCAGCCAUUCUCCUACCAAGCCUGUCAUCAAAGAAACUCCAACCGGUAAAAAAAGUGAGUAAAAAGAUGACAAUUGCCAGCAUAGAGGUUGCUGAGUCUGUAAAAAUUAGCAAAGGCCUCGAAACAACUGAAACUCUCAAACUCAAAACUCCCAAAAGAAGGAGGAGCCUAUUUUUUGACUCUAAGCCUGCUCUGGUGAAGUGCAGCUACAAAGUUAUGAAGAAACGGAAAAAGGAAUUUGAAGAUUCUUAG